AUGGUUUUCUCUGGGACAUCCUCGUCAUGGCUGGCGUCAGCUUUGGCUCUCCUAUCCUUCUUUUCUCUUCUUCUGCCGACUAAUGCCCUCUACUUCUACAUGGAAGGCCGGCAAACAAAGUGCUUCUUCGAGGACCUGCCUAAGGAUACUCUAGUAGCCGGCCGUUUCGAAACUGAAGUCCUGAACCCCCAGAGCGGCAUCUACGCGGUCGACCAUAACUUGAAGAUGCACAUCACUGUCGAGGAGACCUUCGACAAUGACCACCGCGUCGUAUCCAAGCGGGAUAGCCAUUCUGGUCGCUUCCACUUCUCCGCCGCGGAUCCCGGCCAGCACAGAAUCUGCUUCACACCUGAAACGGACGCCUCCUCCGGCUGGUUGUCCAACUCUUUGGGCGCCGUCAAGAUCACCGUCGACCUUGCCAUUGGUGAGACCAGCAAGAUUGAGCCUGAGGAUAAGGACAAAAUCAAGGAUAUCGUGCAGCGGGUCAAGGAUAUGAACAGCCGAUUGCACGAUAUCCGUCGUGAGCAGGUGUACCAGCGGGAACGUGAGUCUGAAUUCCGUGACCAGUCUGAGACCACCAACUCGCGUGUCGUGCGCUGGACUCUUAUCCAGCUCGCCGUUUUGUCCGCCGCAUGUGCCUGGCAGCUUUCACACCUGCGGUCAUUCUUCAUCAAGCAGAAGUUGACUUAG